CUUUGUGGUUAAUUUCUACAGAAAGUGAGUGAGAAGGUUGGAGGAGCCGAAGGAACCAAACUAGAUGAUGACUUCAAAGAGAUGGAGAGGAAAGUGGACGUCACCAGCAGAGCUGUGAUGGAAAUAAUGACUAAAACCAUUGAAUACCUUCAACCCAAUCCAGCUUCCAGAGCUAAGCUCAGCAUGAUCAACACCAUGUCAAAAAUCCGCGGCCAGGAGAAGGGGCCAGGCUACCCUCAGGCGGAGGCGCUGCUGGCAGAGGCCAUGCUCAAGUUUGGAAGAGAGCUGGGGGAUGACUGCAACUUCGGCCCAGCUCUUGGUGAAGUGGGGGAGGCCAUGCGGGAACUCUCGGAGGUGAAAGACUCUUUGGACAUGGAAGUGAAGCAAAACUUCAUUGACCCUCUUCAGAACCUUCAUGACAAAGACCUUAGGGAAAUUCAACAUCAUCUAAAGAAGUUGGAAGGUCGACGCCUGGAUUUUGAUUAUAAGAAGAAACGACAAGGCAAGAUUCCAGAUGAAGAGCUUCGUCAGGCUCUAGAGAAAUUUGAUGAAUCUAAAGAAAUUGCUGAGUCAAGCAUGUUCAAUCUCUUAGAGAUGGAUAUCGAGCAGGUGAGCCAGCUCUCGGCGCUUGUGCAGGCCCAGCUGGAGUACCACAAGCAGGCAGUGCAGAUCUUGCAGCAGGUCACGGUCAGAUUGGAGGAGAGAAUAAGACAAGCUUCAUCUCAGCCUAGAAGGGAGUAUCAGCCAAAACCACGGAUGAGCCUAGAGUUUGCAACUGCAGACAGUACUCAGCCCAACGGGGGUCUCUCCCACACCGGCACUCCCAAACCUUCAGGUGCCCCACUGGAUCAGCCCUGCUGCCGAGCCCUGUACGACUUUGAACCUGAAAAUGAAGGGGAGUUGGGUUUUAAAGAGGGUGAUAUCAUCACACUCACUAACCAAAUUGAUGAGAACUGGUAUGAGGGGAUGCUUCGUGGCCAGUCAGGCUUCUUUCCCAUCAAUUAUGUGGAAAUUCUGGUUGCCCUGCCCCAUUAGGGUGUUAGGCUGGCUGGCUCACCUCCUCUUGGCCCAGAUAGUUAUGGUUAACCACUGCUUUGGUAACGCUGCUUACAACACAUCCCAAGUGCAGGCUGCAGUGGUCCACGUCAUCAAGCCCCACCAAGUGUCUUUGGUUGACUCGUGUGUACCUACAAGGUGAUGGAUGGUGUCUUCCCAGCCUGGUGGGCGUGGCAUGUGCUUUCUAGACACCAUCUGAGACCAGCCAGUAGUCACAGAACUGCUGUUUGCACAGUUCUCAGGAGGCUGUGGCUUCUUAGAAUAUGACCAUGAGCCACAUCUCAGAAAAACCAUCCUACUGAAGAUAGCAUCUAUCACCCAGGGGCCAUCUCAAGGUCUCCAUGCAGAGAGGUGAAAGUUCUUGCUUUCCCACUGUCCCUCCCUGAAUAUGUGAGUCACAGAAUCGUCAAAAGAAAGCCUCCCUCACCAGCAAACUUUCUUCUGGUCUGAAUGAAUUCAUCUCUUGAUGCUAUCAGCAGAAAAGUGUUUGUUGUGGGUUCAAAGCAUUCUCUAUAAACAGUCAUCUUUGUUACCCACGCUCAUGUCUCUUUCUGAGGUCCAACCAGUUUUCUUCCAUCCUUGCUGUUAAUGCCAGAAGGGCAAUUCCUAUUGGUUCUGAAGUGAUCCAGCAAUCAGCACUUUGUGGGAGGAGCUAAAAAGAGGAAAUUCUCCACGAUGAGGGAUUGGGAAGAAAUCUGGUGUCUAAGCUUAAAUUUCUUGCUGUACAGAAACUAUGUCUGUAUUUAGGCAAUUUCUGAAGGAUACAGCGAAGAGGAAAUAUCUUCACUUCAGUAUUAUUUAUUUAUGAAUUACAUGUUUUGUGCAUCCAUUUGGCAGAGACACAAGGAGAAAAACACUAGUAAUCAUUUUCCCACUAGUUCAUAGACCAAGAAACAGUACAAAUCUUUUCUUUUUGCUUUUCCCUGUGUUCUUUGAACAUCAUUUGUGCAUAUUCUGCCCUCAAUGAGGACCAAAUAAAGAUUUUUGUGCUUAGCAGUUGAAGCUACGUGGCUGCAUAUGACAAACUCCUCCCCCAGUCAGUCGUUGCUUCUCUCCGCUCCCUUCCCUUUUAUCUUCAUUCUGUGUGUACAGUGCUGUGUGUAUGCUUGUCGGUGUUUUAUUUUUUUGUAUGAGCCAUGAAUGUCCUGUGAGGUCUCCAGAGUUCUAUUUAUCUAGCUGUACAGACCCUUUCAGAGGUGUGACGUGCUGCUUCUGAUGUGCCACCUGCAGUAGUGGAUCGUGUGGAGUGGAAAGCAACCCUUACUGCUUGUUGUAUAAACUUACCAUGGGGAGCAUUGCUGUUUCCAAUAAAUAUUGCUAAAGACAGAACCA